AUGAGCAACGUCUGGAACACUAAGCUGAAGAAGAAGCUCUCUGCAAUAGGAAUUGAUCCAGUAACUCAUAGGCCCUUCUCCCAAAUUCUUGCAGACUAUGGAAACAUCGGCGGCUUCCCAAAAGCUAGAAAUCGAUCUGGCUGUCUCAGCAGAGACAUAAAGAAUGCAUUUGUGCUAAAAUCUGAACAAUCUCGUGGCCUUCCAGAGAGGUCUUCGCACUUUGACAGCCAUUUUGGAACAACAAUUUCACCACUCGCAGUGGAACCAUCCAAACAGCAUUUUAUGAGCAACUGCAACCAUAUCUCUGCUGCCCGCAGUCAGUCCCUUGAACUUCUUUCUCAGCUUCAGGCCAUAACAAUGGUUACAGAAGCCUCAACUUACACCAAUACUGCAGCCCAAAUCCCUGCCGAAUGCUACUCAUCAUCUGCAUCAUCAUCACCGGAAUCUCCGCCCUCAGCUACCAACCAAGCCGCUGCAUCUCCAAGCUUCAGUUGGUGUGAUUUUCUUCUUGAGGACGCUUUUGUACCCACCACAUAUAUUGAGGAGAAAGAAAACGAAAUGAAGCUUCCACCAACUUAUGAUCCGAAGUCAAAAGAAAUGAAACUUUCUGUUGCAGCAGAAGAAGAAGAAGUGGAUAUAUCAGCCAAGACAGUUGAAGCUUCAUCAAUCUCCUGCGGUUCAUUUGUUGAAGCAAUGCUUGAAGGUGAAAAUGGAAUGCUAUCAGAUUUCCACGGCCUCUUGGAAGAUCCAUUUUUCUACUAG